UGCAAAGCAGCCCCACCCCAUUUCCUCCAGCACGCUUUGGCAAAGGGAGGCAGGGAGACUCCCUCCUUGCUAAAAAGCAGGCGGAGGAGGCGUGCGUCAUUAGCGACCGAGGGAAUCCCCGCAGACGGAGACCAGCAGGUCCUAACUCGCCCCCCCCAGCAAUGGUUCCUUCCUGCUAGUGUCUCCCCGCCCCUCGUGGUUUCUCCCAGGGAGCCGCCGGCUCUUCCGCGCAUGCGCGUUGCCUGAAGCGGCUGGGCUAGAGGCGUCGCUUGAACUAUGAGCGCCGAACUCCGGCAGCUGCGACUGCAGCAGAAGCGGCAGUUGGUCCGGGAGCAGAUUCGGGAUUUCCCGGACUUUCCCACGACCGGGGUGCUCUUCCGCGAUAUCAGCCCACUCUUAAAGGACCCAGUUGCCUUUGGAGCUGCAAUUGACCUCUUGGAAGCCCACAUCAAGGCCGAACACCCAGCGGUGGAUUGCCUUGCGGGUCUCGAUUCCAGAGGCUUCCUUUUCGGACCGGCUUUGGCGCAGAGAUUGGGAGUCGGAUUUGUGAUGAUACGGAAGAAGGGGAAGCUACCAGGCCCCACUGUAUCUGUCGCCUACACUCUUGAAUACGGCCAGGCACAGCUCGAAGUUCAAUACGACGCAGUGAAACCAGGCCAGAACGUGAUCUUAAUCGACGACCUGCUUGCCACAGGAGGGACUAUGGCUGCUGCCUGUGAGCUGAUGGGCAAACUGCAGGCCUGUAUCCUGGAGUGCGUGGUGCUCAUAGAAUUAAAAUCCCUUAAAGGGGCAGAAGCCCUCAAGGCAUUCCCCCUCUACUCGCUGCUGCAGUACGACUGAUGCCUGGCAGACCAGACCAACCGGCAGCAGCUUCUUGCCUUGGCUUGCUUGAGAUUCUGGCUUUUUGUCCCCAGGAAACUGCCGCCUCCCUGUGCCAGAUGCGGGGAGGACUGUCACCUGCAAGCCUUCUUUUCUUUUUAUUUAAAGGGAUCCUUGCUCUCAGUGAGUUGGUGUUGUCAGCCUGGACUGCUGGCCUUUGCUCUGCAAGUGAAGGGCUGAUUACUUAAGUGUCAGGUGAGAGCUUUCUUAAAAAAUUAAAAGAACCAACAGAA